AUGGUGAAAGAAUCAUCAGGAAUGGGAAAAGAGUCCGGAAAAGGAAAAGGAAAAGGGAAAGGGAAUGGGAAUGAGGAUGAAAUGAUGAUAAUGAUGAUGAUGUACGACAAAGUAAAAGCCGUUGUAGGAGGAAGUGCGGUGGUUGUAUUCAGCUCAACAGACUGUUGCAUGUGCCACGUCGCAAAGCGGCUUCUCUUUAGCCUGGGUGUGGGUCCUACUGUGGUGGAGCUGGACUCAAAUUCCAUUAGCGCCGCCGAUAUACAAGCUGUAUUGUACCAUCUUUCCGGUAAGCAGCAGUCAUUGCCGGCGAUAUUCGUGGGUGGCAAGUUAUUAGGAGGGAUUGAGUCUCUCAUGGCUUCUCAUAUUAAUGGCUCUCUUGUUCCCCUACUUAAACAAGCUGGUGCACUUUGGCUUUGA